UCUUAAAUAAUUUUAUAAAAACAAUGGCAGACGAUGGAGUUGUGCUGGACGACAUUGCUAUGGAUGAGACUGCUCCAGAUGCCGAAUUGGAUGAAAUUCGAAAGGGAGUCUCUAAAAGGAAGGGACGUGGCUUUGAAGGAUCUCAAAAGAGUAAUGUGAAGGAAUAUGAAACGCUUGGUGAUGAUGGUUUUUAUGGGCCGCAGCGUUCUGUUGAGGGGUGGAUAAUUUUUGUUACAAAUGUCCAUGAAGAAGCGCAGGAGGAAGAUGUAAAAGAUCUCUUCAAAGAUUAUGGGAAUGUAUUAAAUAUGCAUUUAAAUCUUGAUCGACGAACUGGAUACUUUAAAGGUUAUGCAAUUGUUCAAUUUGAGACGCAAAAGGAAGCAGCUGAUGCUAUUGCUGGAUUGAAUGGCUAUGACUUUCUUGGUCAAGAAUUAUCAGCCGAUUGGUGCUUUGUUAAGGGAGGUCGUGACAAGAGACGUUAAAAAACGAAUUUUUUCGAUUAAUUUCUCUUAAGUAUAUACACUCAUUUUAUUUUUUAAAUGAUUUGGUUGAGUGCAUCUUUACAAGAUAUUUUGAUUUUUUUGUUAAAAUUUUGCUUUCUGUUGGUGGUGACAUUAAUAUUUUGAAAUGUUUAAAUUUUUCGAUUUUAAUUAUUUGAUUAAAAACUCGAUAGAUCGCCAAUUUUUUGCUGAUUUUUUUAUUUACAAUUAAAAUUGAAUCUUGA